CAGAGUCGCACCGUUUGCUUAGCGCUGCUGCUGUUCGGGAGACGGAAUCGAAGCUCUUGCUCGGUACGCGCUGAAGCGUCGGAGCUCGCAUUCGGCUCUCGAAUUCGUCCGCGAUCGAGCUCGUUCAACCACCUUGUGAUCUGUGCUGAAUCGAUUGGCGUCUCGCGAACAUGAUGUCGCCGAAGCAAACCUCGGAAGAUCGAGGAUCGCCUCAGUUCGGGCACACACCCUUCCAGAUAAUUCAUAUAUUGGGCAACUUUUUGAGAAUAUGGUCGGUCUACUCAAUGUACCGUUACUUGACUCAGACGGGAGCAUCAGUUGUGCUCUUCAUCUUCUGUUGUCUGGUCCCUGCAACAAUCCUGUUUUUGUUCCUGCAGAAGCCUUGGAAGGGUAGACCACUCUCUAAUACUCAGGUCGUACCUUCGGUGAUAAAUGGUGCCAUAACGGCUUUCUACUUUGUUUUGUGGGGAAAGGGCUUGAAACUAUGUGGACCGCUUAGAGCUUUAAUGGCGGAGUAUUCUGGUGCUGUUCUUGGGGUCUUAUCUGCUGUACUCUAUGGACAAAGACAGCAUGUAUGGAAAAAGGUUGGCGGGUUGAUGGCAAUGGUGGCGUCUUUCUACCUGUUGUCGCAAGGAUGGGCUAUGGCCUCAUAUUUUCCAAUAAAGUUUGGAGAAAGUCCCGAUACUGGCGAUCAGACAGAACACAAUCUGGGUAUGAAAGAAAUGAUACUUCCAAUCUGCGGAAUCCUGUCGGCAUUGAGGAGAGUGAUUGCACGACGUGUCUCACUCAAGAAUCAAUAUAAAAGAAGACUUCAUGCAACAGUUGCUUCCGCGACAUGCUUUCUGUUUCCUGUGGCAAUGUGGGAUAUGAUCAUAGGAUCAGAGUCUGCUGAUAGCAAGGAUUUACCAUUUUCAACAUGGGCUUUUAUAAGCACCAUUGCUUUUGGGAUUAUCUUGAUAUUUUACAUUGACAAUAUUGCGGAGGAGAGAUUGCACAUGGUUUUUUCUUCUCCACGUCAUCUGAUGGUAGCUGGUGGAUGUAUCAUAAUCAUGGAGAUUGUUUACCAAGUGGACUUUUCUCUUCUGGGGUUUCUAAUUUGUGCCUUAAUACUGGGCUUUGGGAUACAUGCAGCAACUUCUUUACAGCGUCCUAGAGGAGAUUCUCUCCAAAAAUCAAGCCUUUCUGAUGACAUUUUUGGGGACCAAGUACAGAUGUCCCCACUUCCAACUUGAAAGUUCUUUAUGAGGUUUGAAUGAAUGUUGGAUGAACCCAUAGUUGCUCACAUAGCUUUGUCUUAUUGAUUCCUGUGUUCUGAUAUAAGUUGGGACUCUAUCGACAGUUGAUGUGACAUCCGCAAUACCUUCUCUGCGAGCGUAAUUGAGUGCCAUUCUCGAGUUUUUUUUCCAUCUGGCCUGAAAUUCUGUUGGAAGAUAUAAGCUGCUAACUUCUCACAUCAGUUGUCAUGGUUGGUUCGUGAUAUGACCUUGCAAGACAAAGAUGAAUAAGUUGUCUUCUUUACCCGGUAAUGAGAAGAAACUUCCUGGCAUAUUACUCUGACCUAGACUUAAUCUUAACAGGAGCCAAUUUUUGUUUUGCCGCUUUGCAUCACAUGGGGUAGCCUAACUUUUAGUAUCUGAGACAUGACGCCUGUAUAGAUUUAUAUCAAAAGGAGUUACUUUGUAGGUUGCGCCUUGUCAAUGAUGACCUUAUUCUUCGCCUUUGGCAAUUUAUACAAGUGUGCACGUGCUGAUCAUUUGAAUGAAAAUGUAUGAACCUUUAUUAAGUAAAA